GACCGGGGCCCAUGAAUGACCCGAAGCACCUCAUUCAUCACAGCGGGGACGGCUGUCGGCGGUGAGACAGGGACGGAGAGCUGCCCGCAGCACCCAGGUUCUGGACGACAGCUGAGACCGGCAGAGCCUCCGGGAGAUGCUGACGCUGAUGCAGAAGAUGAAGAUUCUGUUAAUGAAGUGGCAGUAGAAGACAUCCGUCCAAGGCCACAGGGUUCCUCUCCAGUUUAUGAAUAUUCCAUAGAAGAAGAAUAUUUAAAGCUUCAAGAAGAAAACAAAAAAUAUUCUACAGACAAAUCAAAACAGAGUCAUCCACAGGAGACAAUGGAAGUGACCUUGAGAACAGAAGUGGAAGCUGGUGUUAGUGGUUUUAGCGUGACAGGUGGAGGAGAUGAAGGAAUAUUUAUUAAAAAAGUACUUAAGGAGUCUCCUGCUUCAAAAGUAUUUAGUCUGAGAGAAGGUGAUCAGCUUCUAAGUGCUACAAUAUUUUUUGAUAACAUCAAAUAUGAAGAUGCACUUAAAAUUCUUCAAUAUUCUGAGCCAUACAGAGUCCAAUUCAGCCUCAAAAGAAAAAUUGCUGGGAAAGAAGAGCUGGAACAUAUUCACUCUACAGCCCAGUACAAAAAGGAAAGAUUAAGUCAGGAAAAAGAACUCAGUGAAAGCAUUCCUGAAGAAACGCUGCGUAUUUCAGGAAAAACUAUUUCAGAAGAAGACAGGGAAAUAUUAAUUGUAAACCAAAGGGUAGGAAGAAGCAAGAGACCUAAAAAAGAUAGAUUGUCAUGGCCAAAAUUCCAGUCAAUUAAAAAUAAAAAGAUAUUGGGACACAGAAGAUCUCAUAGUACAUCUGAUGCAUAUGAGCCUGCUAUACAGGAUAUUUCCCCUACAAGCACAGACACAGAGUCUCAAUUUCAACAAGAUGUUCAUAUUAAAGAAAAAAAAGGAAGCCAAAAGAAACUGAAGUUCCCUAGUAUUGGAUUCAAAAUGCACAGAUCCAAAGCAGAAUCUCAAGACAAGCAAAAAAAAGAAAUAAAAGCUACACUGCUAUCUGAAAGACAAAAGAUACAUAAAGAAGAUAUCAGCAUGGAAAGUCCUGAAAUACUGACUGUUGAAUAUACCACAUCUCCUGCUUAUGAAAUGAAAACAGAAGAGUUACAUGAAACUUUAACAAAAGACUUAAAAGAUAUGAAAAAUGGUAUUCCCACUCAUGAAAAAAAAUGCCCUGAAGUUGAAAUAAGCAUUAAAACAGAAAAGGAAAAGAAAUCAGCAUUGAAGUUUACUGUACCUGAAGGACCAGCUAUAACAACACAGGUACUGAAGCCCAGUUCAGAAGCAGCAGAUCUGAAAGAAAGCCCAACUAAACAACUACCACAAGCCUCAUCAAAAUCACGGAAAAAGAAACAGAAAGGAACAGCUGGUAAAACAGAAGGAGAAAGUGGAAUUAACAUAGACAUAAUGGAUCAUGCAGCAAAAGGAUCCAUACAGGUAAGAGGUCUAGAAAUAGGCACUGCUAAAGCAGAAUUACACACACCUGACAUACUGGAAACAGAAGAAAAGCAAAUGGAAGAUGACACACAAAUACUAAAAAUUCAGAAAACAAAAUCUGAGAUUUCAAUGCCCAGAAGAAAAGAGCCAGAGACUGAGAACACUUUAACCAAACCAGAAAGUGAUGUUCCAUGUUCUGUACCAGAAACAACAGCUGAUGAAAUUACAGAGGUAGGCAGGAAGUUAGAAGUGAAAACUCACAUACCUGAUGCAGAAUCAGAAGAAUCUACUUUGAAAAUGCAAAUACCAUCAUUCAAGAUUGCCAAAAUACCUAAAGCUGACAUUAAAAUAUCAAGAGAAGACAGCACAAUUGAAUCAGAUGAUAUUGUUAAAAAGGCACAGACAGAGGAUGAUAUGCCCACGAGUGAUAAAGACUUGAAGAUGGACAUUGGCAUGAAGACAGGUGAAAAGGAUACAGAAGGAAAAGAAAGCAAAUUCAGACUACCAAAGUUUAAACUGCCUACAUUUACCUGGGCAACUGCAAAGGAUGAGACAGGGGAAACUUACAAUCAGUUAAGGGACAAAGAAGCAAAGGUGCCAUCCCUAAAAGAAGGUGCAAAAAUGGAAAUGAGCAUAUCAGGAGAAGAUAUGAAUGUUCCAAGUGCUGAAAUGGAAAUAGGAAUAUCCAAAGAAAAAAUAAGUGAAAAAAAUAUCGAACAGACAGGAGAUGAAUUAUCAACAUUAAAAAAGCAACAUACAAAAAAGUCAUCGCCAGACAUGCAUUUGGAAAAAAUAACUGGACAAAUACUGCCUACAAAACCAGAUACUGAAGUAAAAAUGGUUGAACCCAGUACACAAUCCAAGAAAACAGAAGAAUCUAUCUCUCAAAUAGGAAAAACAAAAGAUGAAAGAGAAAUAAAAAUGAAAGAAAAAAAGAUAAAAUUAACAAAAAAAGGAUUAUUUAAACAAGACACCGAGAUUCCGAAAGAACAUAUAGAAAUAACAAAAUACAAAACUGAUGUAAAACAUUCAGAAAAGGAAAUUUCAGAAGCAAAAAAAGGAAAAACCACUGUUACAAUGACAGCACAGGAAGUUAUGGAGAAAAAAGCCUCCCUCAAAGCUGACAUCAAAGCUCCCAAGGUGGACAUCAGCCUGCCCUCCGUCGACGUCACCCUUCCGAAGGCCAGCAUCGAGCUGCAGGCACCCGAGGCGGCGCUCGCCCUCGAAGGGGAAGCAAAAGCCCCAGAGAAGGAGGCCACGAAGGCCAAGGACGGAAAGUUCAAAAUGCCCAAGUUCGGCAUGCCUUCCUUUGGCUGGUCCAGCAGCAGAGAGGCCAAGGGCACCGUGGCCGCCGAUGUGGACGUGAGCCUCAAGGAGCCCCAAGUGACGGCGCCCUCGGGAACCGCCGACGUUGAGGUGACCCUGCCCGGGGCCGAGAUCCAAGCUCCCGGCGUUGAGGUGACCAUUGAGACAGCCGCUGGCGGAGACGGGGAGAAAGGCUGGUUCAAAAUGCCCGACGUCAAGAUGCCCAGUAUCAAGGCUCCCAAAGUCGAGGCGGACGUCAGCCUGCCCAAAGUCGAGGCCAGCCUGCCAGAGGCAGAGGUCAAGGCUGGCGCCGUCGACAUCAGCAUCUCGGCGCCCGACAUCAAGCUGCCCUCCGUCGAAGGCUCCCUUGACCUCCAGGCACCCGAGGUAGACGUGAAAGUGCCCUCCGCCGAAGGCUCGCUCGACGGAGCCGAGCUGGAAGCCACGGGCCUCAAAGGGAAGUUUAACAUGCCCAAGUUCGACAAGCCCAAAUUCGGAGUGUCGGCGCCCAAGGCGGAAGGGCCCGAAGGCGAGGUCAGCCUGCCCACCGCUGAGGUCGACCUGCCCUCUGGCACCGUGACGGUGGCAGGGGAAGGCCCUGCACUGGGCCUCAAAGCUGACGUUGCCGGUGCCAAGACCGAAGGGGCUGGCUGGAAGCUGGAAAAGCCCUCCCUCAAAAUGCCCAAAGCUGACAUCAAAGCUCCCAAGGUGGACAUCAGCCUGCCCUCCGUCGACGUCACCCUUCCGAAGGCCAGCGUCGAGCUGCAGGCGCCCGAGGCGGCGCUCGCCCUCGAAGGGGAAGCAAAAGCCCCAGAGAAGGAGGCCACGAAGGCCAAGGACGGCAAGUUCAAAAUGCCCAAGUUCGGCAUGCCUUCCUUUGGCUGGUCCAGCAGCAGAGAGGCCAAGGGCACCGUGGCCGCCGAUGUGGACGUGAGCCUCAAGGAGCCCCAAGUGACGGCGCCCUCGGGAACCACCGACGUUGAGGUGACCCUGCCCGGGGCCGAGAUCCAAGCUCCCGGCGUUGAGGUGACCAUUGAGACAGCCGCUGGCGGAGACGGGGAGAAAGGACGGUUCAAAAUGCCCGACGUCAAGAUGCCCAGCGUCAAGCUGCCCAAAGUCAAAGCGCCCCACGUGCAGGUCAGCCUGCCAAAGGGCGAGAUCUCCGUGCCCAAAGCCCAGGCCGAAAUCCCGGAGGGCGAGCUCACCCUGCACGGCCCCGACGCCGAAGGCAGCCUGGACGUGGCUGCCGGCAAAGUGGAGGGCAGCGGCAUGAAAAUACACAUGCCAAAAGUCAAGGUGCCCAGCGUGGCCUUCUCCAAGCCGACCGUCAAGGCUCCCAAAGUCGAGGCGGACGUCAGCCUGCCCAAAGUCGAGGCCAGCCUGCCAGAGGCAGAGGUCAAGGCUGGCGCCGUCGACAUCAGCAUCUCGGCGCCCGACAUCAAGCUGCCCUCCGUCGAAGGCUCCCUUGACCUCCAGGCACCCGAGGUAGACGUGAAAGUGCCCUCCGCCGAAGGCUCGCUCGACGGAGCCGAGCUGGAAGCCACGGGCCUCAAAGGGAAGUUUAAGAUGCCCAAGUUCGACAAGCCCAAAUUCGGAGUGUCGGCGCCCAAGGCGGAAGGGCCCGAAGGCGAGGUCAGCCUGCCCACCGCUGAGGUCGACCUGCCCUCUGGCACCGUGACGGUGGCAGGGGAAGGCCCUGCACUGGGCCUCAAAGCUGACGUUGCCGGUGCCAAGACCGAAGGGGCUGGCUGGAAGCUGGAAAAGCCCUCCCUCAAAAUGCCCAAAGCUGACAUCAAAGCUCCCAAGGUGGACAUCAGCCUGCCCUCCGUCGACGUCACCCUUCCGAAGGCCAGCGUCGAGCUGCAGGCGCCCGAGGCGGCGCUCGCCCUCGAAGGGGAAGCAAAAGCCCCAGAGAAGGAGGCCACGAAGGCCAAGGACGGCAAGUUCAAAAUGCCCAAGUUCGGCAUGCCUUCCUUUGGCUGGUCCAGCAGCAGAGAGGCCAAGGGCACCGUGGCCGCCGAUGUGGACGUGAGCCUCAAGGAGCCCCAAGUGACGGCGCCCUCGGGAACCGCCGACGUUGAGGUGACCCUGCCCGGGGCCGAGAUCCAAGCUCCCGGCGUUGAGGUGACCAUUGAGACAGCCGCUGGCGGAGACGGGGAGAAAGGACGGUUCAAAAUGCCCGACGUCAAGAUGCCCAGCGUCAAGCUGCCCAAAGUCAAAGCGCCCCACGUGCAGGUCAGCCUGCCAAAGGGCGAGAUCUCCGUGCCCAAAGCCCAGGCCGAAAUCCCGGAGGGCGAGCUCACCCUGCACGGCCCCGACGCCGAAGGCAGCCUGGACGUGGCUGCCGGCAAAGUGGAGGGCAGCGGCAUGAAAAUACACAUGCCAAAAGUCAAGGUGCCCAGCGUGGCCUUCUCCAAGCCGACCGUCAAGGCUCCCAAAGUCGAGGCGGACGUCAGCCUGCCCAAAGUCGAGGCCAGCCUGCCAGAGGCAGAGGUCAAGGCUGGCGCCGUCGACAUCAGCAUCUCGGCGCCCGACAUCAAGCUGCCCUCCGUCGAAGGCUCCCUUGACCUCCAGGCACCCGAGGUAGACGUGAAAGUGCCCUCCGCCGAAGGCUCGCUCGACGGAGCCGAGCUGGAAGCCACGGGCCUCAAAGGGAAGUUUAAGAUGCCCAAGUUCGACAAGCCCAAAUUCGGAGUGUCGGCGCCCAAGGCGGAAGGGCCCGAAGGCGAGGUCAGCCUGCCCACCGCUGAGGUCGACCUGCCCUCUGGCACCGUGACGGUGGCAGGGGAAGGCCCUGCACUGGGCCUCAAAGCUGACGUUGCCGGUGCCAAGACCGAAGGGGCUGGCUGGAAGCUGGAAAAGCCCUCCCUCAAAAUGCCCAAAGCUGACAUCAAAGCUCCCAAGGUGGACAUCAGCCUGCCCUCCGUCGACGUCACCCUUCCGAAGGCCAGCGUCGAGCUGCAGGCGCCCGAGGCGGCGCUCGCCCUCGAAGGGGAAGCAAAAGCCCCAGAGAAGGAGGCCACGAAGGCCAAGGACGGCAAGUUCAAAAUGCCCAAGUUCGGCAUGCCUUCCUUUGGCUGGUCCAGCAGCAGAGAGGCCAAGGGCACCGUGGCCGCCGAUGUGGACGUGAGCCUCAAGGAGCCCCAAGUGACGGCGCCCUCGGGAACCGCCGACGUUGAGGUGACCCUGCCCGGGGCCGAGAUCCAAGCUCCCGGCGUUGAGGUGACCAUUGAGACAGCCGCUGGCGGAGACGGGGAGAAAGGACGGUUCAAAAUGCCCGACGUCAAGAUGCCCAGCGUCAAGCUGCCCAAAGUCAAAGCGCCCCACGUGCAGGUCAGCCUGCCAAAGGGCGAGAUCUCCGUGCCCAAAGCCCAGGCCGAAAUCCCGGAGGGCGAGCUCACCCUGCACGGCCCCGACGCCGAAGGCAGCCUGGACGUGGCUGCCGGCAAAGUGGAGGGCAGCGGCAUGAAAAUACACAUGCCAAAAGUCAAGGUGCCCAGCGUGGCCUUCUCCAAGCCGACCGUCAAGGCUCCCAAAGUCGAGGCGGACGUCAGCCUGCCCAAAGUCGAGGCCAGCCUGCCAGAGGCAGAGGUCAAGGCUGGCGCCGUCGACAUCAGCAUCUCGGCGCCCGACAUCAAGCUGCCCUCCGUCGAAGGCUCCCUUGACCUCCAGGCACCCGAGGUAGACGUGAAAGUGCCCUCCGCCGAAGGCUCGCUCGACGGAGCCGAGCUGGAAGCCACGGGCCUCAAAGGGAAGUUUAAGAUGCCCAAGUUCGACAAGCCCAAAUUCGGAGUGUCGGCGCCCAAGGCGGAAGGGCCCGAAGGCGAGGUCAGCCUGCCCACCGCUGAGGUCGACCUGCCCUCUGGCACCGUGACGGUGGCAGGGGAAGGCCCUGCACUGGGCCUCAAAGCUGACGUUGCCGGUGCCAAGACCGAAGGGGCUGGCUGGAAGCUGGAAAAGCCCUCCCUCAAAAUGCCCAAAGCUGACAUCAAAGCUCCCAAGGUGGACAUCAGCCUGCCCUCCGUCGACGUCACCCUUCCGAAGGCCAGCGUCGAGCUGCAGGCGCCCGAGGCGGCGCUCGCCCUCGAAGGGGAAGCAAAAGCCCCAGAGAAGGAGGCCACGAAGGCCAAGGACGGCAAGUUCAAAAUGCCCAAGUUCGGCAUGCCUUCCUUUGGCUGGUCCAGCAGCAGAGAGGCCAAGGGCACCGUGGCCGCCGAUGUGGACGUGAGCCUCAAGGAGCCCCAAGUGACGGCGCCCUCGGGAACCGCCGACGUUGAGGUGACCCUGCCCGGGGCCGAGAUCCAAGCUCCCGGCGUUGAGGUGACCAUUGAGACAGCCGCUGGCGGAGACGGGGAGAAAGGACGGUUCAAAAUGCCCGACGUCAAGAUGCCCAGCGUCAAGCUGCCCAAAGUCAAAGCGCCCCACGUGCAGGUCAGCCUGCCAAAGGGCGAGAUCUCCGUGCCCAAAGCCCAGGCCGAAAUCCCGGAGGGCGAGCUCACCCUGCACGGCCCCGACGCCGAAGGCAGCCUGGACGUGGCUGCCGGCAAAGUGGAGGGCAGCGGCAUGAAAAUACACAUGCCAAAAGUCAAGGUGCCCAGCGUGGCCUUCUCCAAGCCGACCGUCAAGGCUCCCAAAGUCGAGGCGGACGUCAGCCUGCCCAAAGUCGAGGCCAGCCUGCCAGAGGCAGAGGUCAAGGCUGGCGCCGUCGACAUCAGCAUCUCGGCGCCCGACAUCAAGCUGCCCUCCGUCGAAGGCUCCCUUGACCUCCAGGCACCCGAGGUAGACGUGAAAGUGCCCUCCGCCGAAGGCUCGCUCGACGGAGCCGAGCUGGAAGCCACGGGCCUCAAAGGGAAGUUUAAGAUGCCCAAGUUCGACAAGCCCAAAUUCGGAGUGUCGGCGCCCAAGGCGGAAGGGCCCGAAGGCGAGGUCAGCCUGCCCACCGCUGAGGUCGACCUGCCCUCUGGCACCGUGACGGUGGCAGGGGAAGGCCCUGCACUGGGCCUCAAAGCUGACGUUGCCGGUGCCAAGACCGAAGGGGCUGGCUGGAAGCUGGAAAAGCCCUCCCUCAAAAUGCCCAAAGCUGACAUCAAAGCUCCCAAGGUGGACAUCAGCCUGCCCUCCGUCGACGUCACCCUUCCGAAGGCCAGCGUCGAGCUGCAGGCGCCCGAGGCGGCGCUCGCCCUCGAAGGGGAAGCAAAAGCCCCAGAGAAGGAGGCCACGAAGGCCAAGGACGGCAAGUUCAAAAUGCCCAAGUUCGGCAUGCCUUCCUUUGGCUGGUCCAGCAGCAGAGAGGCCAAGGGCACCGUGGCCGCCGAUGUGGACGUGAGCCUCAAGGAGCCCCAAGUGACGGCGCCCUCGGGAACCGCCGACGUUGAGGUGACCCUGCCCGGGGCCGAGAUCCAAGCUCCCGGCGUUGAGGUGACCAUUGAGACAGCCGCUGGCGGAGACGGGGAGAAAGGACGGUUCAAAAUGCCCGACGUCAAGAUGCCCAGCGUCAAGCUGCCCAAAGUCAAAGCGCCCCACGUGCAGGUCAGCCUGCCAAAGGGCGAGAUCUCCGUGCCCAAAGCCCAGGCCGAAAUCCCGGAGGGCGAGCUCACCCUGCACGGCCCCGACGCCGAAGGCAGCCUGGACGUGGCUGCCGGCAAAGUGGAGGGCAGCGGCAUGAAAAUACACAUGCCAAAAGUCAAGGUGCCCAGCGUGGCCUUCUCCAAGCCGACCGUCAAGGCUCCCAAAGUCGAGGCGGACGUCAGCCUGCCCAAAGUCGAGGCCAGCCUGCCAGAGGCAGAGGUCAAGGCUGGCGCCGUCGACAUCAGCAUCUCGGCGCCCGACAUCAAGCUGCCCUCCGUCGAAGGCUCCCUUGACCUCCAGGCACCCGAGGUAGACGUGAAAGUGCCCUCCGCCGAAGGCUCGCUCGACGGAGCCGAGCUGGAAGCCACGGGCCUCAAAGGGAAGUUUAAGAUGCCCAAGUUCGACAAGCCCAAAUUCGGAGUGUCGGCGCCCAAGGCGGAAGGGCCCGAAGGCGAGGUCAGCCUGCCCACCGCUGAGGUCGACCUGCCCUCUGGCACCGUGACGGUGGCAGGGGAAGGCCCUGCACUGGGCCUCAAAGCUGACGUUGCCGGUGCCAAGACCGAAGGGGCUGGCUGGAAGCUGGAAAAGCCCUCCCUCAAAAUGCCCAAAGCUGACAUCAAAGCUCCCAAGGUGGACAUCAGCCUGCCCUCCGUCGACGUCACCCUUCCGAAGGCCAGCGUCGAGCUGCAGGCGCCCGAGGCGGCGCUCGCCCUCGAAGGGGAAGCAAAAGCCCCAGAGAAGGAGGCCACGAAGGCCAAGGACGGCAAGUUCAAAAUGCCCAAGUUCGGCAUGCCUUCCUUUGGCUGGUCCAGCAGCAGAGAGGCCAAGGGCACCGUGGCCGCCGAUGUGGACGUGAGCCUCAAGGAGCCCCAAGUGACGGCGCCCUCGGGAACCGCCGACGUUGAGGUGACCCUGCCCGGGGCCGAGAUCCAAGCUCCCGGCGUUGAGGUGACCAUUGAGACAGCCGCUGGCGGAGACGGGGAGAAAGGACGGUUCAAAAUGCCCGACGUCAAGAUGCCCAGCGUCAAGCUGCCCAAAGUCAAAGCGCCCCACGUGCAGGUCAGCCUGCCAAAGGGCGAGAUCUCCGUGCCCAAAGCCCAGGCCGAAAUCCCGGAGGGCGAGCUCACCCUGCACGGCCCCGAUGCCGAAGGCAGCCUGGACGUGGCUGCCGGCAAAGUGGAGGGCAGCGGCAUGAAAAUACACAUGCCAAAAGUCAAGGUGCCCAGCGUGGCCUUCUCCAAGCCGACCGUCAAGGCUCCCAAAGUCGAGGCGGACGUCAGCCUGCCCAAAGUCGAGGCCAGCCUGCCAGAGGCAGAGGUCAAGGCUGGCGCCGUCGACAUCAGCAUCUCGGCGCCCGACAUCAAGCUGCCCUCCGUCGAAGGCUCCCUUGACCUCCAGGCACCCGAGGUAGACGUGAAAGUGCCCUCCGCCGAAGGCUCGCUCGACGGAGCCGAGCUGGAAGCCACGGGCCUCAAAGGGAAGUUUAAGAUGCCCAAGUUCGACAAGCCCAAAUUCGGAGUGUCGGCGCCCAAGGCGGAAGGGCCCGAAGGCGAGGUCAGCCUGCCCACCGCUGAGGUCGACCUGCCCUCUGGCACCGUGACGGUGGCAGGGGAAGGCCCUGCACUGGGCCUCAAAGCUGACGUUGCCGGUGCCAAGACCGAAGGGGCUGGCUGGAAGCUGGAAAAGCCCUCCCUCAAAAUGCCCAAAGCUGACAUCAAAGCUCCCAAGGUGGACAUCAGCCUGCCCUCCGUCGACGUCACCCUUCCGAAGGCCAGCGUCGAGCUGCAGGCGCCCGAGGCGGCGCUCGCCCUCGAAGGGGAAGCAAAAGCCCCAGAGAAGGAGGCCACGAAGGCCAAGGACGGCAAGUUCAAAAUGCCCAAGUUCGGCAUGCCUUCCUUUGGCUGGUCCAGCAGCAGAGAGGCCAAGGGCACCGUGGCCGCCGAUGUGGACGUGAGCCUCAAGGAGCCCCAAGUGACGGCGCCCUCGGGAACCGCCGACGUUGAGGUGACCCUGCCCGGGGCCGAGAUCCAAGCUCCCGGCGUUGAGGUGACCAUUGAGACAGCCGCUGGUGGAGACGGGGAGAAAGGACGGUUCAAAAUGCCCGACGUCAAGAUGCCCAGCGUCAAGCUGCCCAAAGUCAAAGCGCCCCACGUGCAGGUCAGCCUGCCAAAGGGCGAGAUCUCCGUGCCCAAAGCCCAGGCCGAAAUCCCGGAGGGCGAGCUCACCCUGCACGGCCCCGACGCCGAAGGCAGCCUGGACGUGGCUGCCGGCAAAGUGGAGGGCAGCGGCAUGAAAAUACACAUGCCAAAAGUCAAGGUGCCCAGCGUGGCCUUCUCCAAGCCGACCGUCAAGGCUCCCAAAGUCGAGGCGGACGUCAGCCUGCCCAAAGUCGAGGCCAGCCUGCCAGAGGCAGAGGUCAAGGCUGGCGCCGUCGACAUCAGCAUCUCGGCGCCCGACAUCAAGCUGCCCUCCGUCGAAGGCUCCCUUGACCUCCAGGCACCCGAGGUAGACGUGAAAGUGCCCUCCGCCGAAGGCUCGCUCGACGGAGCCGAGCUGGAAGCCACGGGCCUCAAAGGGAAGUUUAAGAUGCCCAAGUUCGACAAGCCCAAAUUCGGAGUGCCGGCGCCCAAGGCGGAAGGGCCCGAAGGCGAGGUCAGCCUGCCCACCGCUGAGGUCGACCUGCCCUCUGGCACCGUGACGGUGGCAGGGGAAGGCCCUGCACUGGGCCUCAAAGCUGACGUUGCCGGUGCCAAGACCGAAGGGGCUGGCUGGAAGCUGGAAAAGCCCUCCCUCAAAAUGCCCAAAGCUGACAUCAAAGCUCCCAAGGUGGACAUCAGCCUGCCCUCCGUCGACGUCACCCUUCCGAAGGCCAGCGUCGAGCUGCAGGCGCCCGAGGCGGCGCUCGCCCUCGAAGGGGAAGCAAAAGCCCCAGAGAAGGAGGCCACGAAGGCCAAGGACGGCAAGUUCAAAAUGCCCAAGUUCGGCAUGCCUUCCUUUGGCUGGUCCAGCAGCAGAGAGGCCAAGGGCACCGUGGCCGCCGAUGUGGACGUGAGCCUCAAGGAGCCCCAAGUGACGGCGCCCUCGGGAACCGCCGACGUUGAGGUGACCCUGCCCGGGGCCGAGAUCCAAGCUCCCGGCGUUGAGGUGACCAUUGAGACAGCCGCUGGCGGAGACGGGGAGAAAGGACGGUUCAAAAUGCCCGACGUCAAGAUGCCCAGCGUCAAGCUGCCCAAAGUCAAAGCGCCCCACGUGCAGGUCAGCCUGCCAAAGGGCGAGAUCUCCGUGCCCAAAGCCCAGGCCGAAAUCCCGGAGGGCGAGCUCACCCUGCACAGCCCCGAUGCCGAAGGCAGCCUGGACGUGGCUGCCGGCAAAGUGGAGGGCAGCGGCAUGAAAAUACACAUGCCAAAAGUCAAGGUGCCCAGCGUGGCCUUCUCCAAGCCGACCGUCAAGGCUCCCAAAGUCGAGGCGGACGUCAGCCUGCCCAAAGUCGAGGCCAGCCUGCCAGAGGCAGAGGUCAAGGCUGGCGCCGUCGACAUCAGCAUCUCGGCGCCCGACAUCAAGCUGCCCUCCGUCGAAGGCUCCCUUGACCUCCAGGCACCCGAGGUAGACGUGAAAGUGCCCUCCGCCGAAGGCUCGCUCGACGGAGCCGAGCUGGAAGCCACGGGCCUCAAAGGGAAGUUUAAGAUGCCCAAGUUCGACAAGCCCAAAUUCGGAGUGUCGGCGCCCAAGGCGGAAGGGCCCGAAGGCGAGGUCAGCCUGCCCACCGCUGAGGUCGACCUGCCCUCUGGCACCGUGACGGUGGCAGGGGAAGGCCCUGCACUGGGCCUCAAAGCUGACGUUGCUGGUGCCAAGACCGAAGGGGCUGGCUGGAAGCUGGAAAAGCCCUCCCUCAAAAUGCCCAAAGCUGACAUCAAAGCUCCCAAGGUGGACAUCAGCCUGCCCUCCGUCGACGUCACCCUUCCGAAGGCCAGCGUCGAGCUGCAGGCGCCCGAGGCGGCGCUCGCCCUCGAAGGGGAAGCAAAAGCCCCAGAGAAGGAGGCCACGAAGGCCAAGGACGGCAAGUUCAAAAUGCCCAAGUUCGGCAUGCCUUCCUUUGGCUGGUCCAGCAGCAGAGAGGCCAAGGGCACCGUGGCCGCCGAUGUGGACGUGAGCCUCAAGGAGCCCCAAGUGACGGCGCCCUCGGGAACCGCCGACGUUGAGGUGACCCUGCCCGGGGCCGAGAUCCAAGCUCCCGGCGUUGAGGUGACCAUUGAGACAGCCGCUGGCGGAGACGGGGAGAAAGGACGGUUCAAAAUGCCCGACGUCAAGAUGCCCAGCGUCAAGCUGCCCAAAGUCAAAGCGCCCCACGUGCAGGUCAGCCUGCCAAAGGGCGAGAUCUCCGUGCCCAAAGCCCAGGCCGAAAUCCCGGAGGGCGAGCUCACCCUGCACGGCCCCGACGCCGAAGGCAGCCUGGACGUGGCUGCCGGCAAAGUGGAGGGCAGCGGCAUGAAAAUACACAUGCCAAAAGUCAAGGUGCCCAGCGUGGCCUUCUCCAAGCCGACCGUCAAGGCUCCCAAAGUCGAGGCGGACGUCAGCCUGCCCAAAGUCGAGGCCAGCCUGCCAGAGGCAGAGGUCAAGGCUGGCGCCGUCGACAUCAGCAUCUCGGCGCCCGACAUCAAGCUGCCCUCCGUCGAAGGCUCCCUUGACCUCCAGGCACCCGAGGUAGACGUGAAAGUGCCCUCCGCCGAAGGCUCGCUCGACGGAGCCGAGCUGGAAGCCACGGGCCUCAAAGGGAAGUUUAAGAUGCCCAAGUUCGACAAGCCCAAAUUCGGAGUGUCGGCGCCCAAGGCGGAAGGGCCCGAAGGCGAGGUCAGCCUGCCCACCGCUGAGGUCGACCUGCCCUCUGGCACCGUGACGGUGGCAGGGGAAGGCCCUGCACUGGGCCUCAAAGCUGACGUUGCCGGUGCCAAGACCGAAGGGGCUGGCUGGAAGCUGGAAAAGCCCUCCCUCAAAAUGCCCAAAGCUGACAUCAAAGCUCCCAAGGUGGACAUCAGCCUGCCCUCCGUCGACGUCACCCUUCCGAAGGCCAGCGUCGAGCUGCAGGCGCCCGAGGCGGCGCUCGCCCUCGAAGGGGAAGCAAAAGCCCCAGAGAAGGAGGCCACGAAGGCCAAGGACGGCAAGUUCAAAAUGCCCAAGUUCGGCAUGCCUUCCUUUGGCUGGUCCAGCAGCAGAGAGGCCAAGGGCACCGUGGCCGCCGAUGUGGACGUGAGCCUCAAGGAGCCCCAAGUGACGGCGCCCUCGGGAACCGCCGACGUUGAGGUGACCCUGCCCGGGGCCGAGAUCCAAGCUCCCGGCGUUGAGGUGACCAUUGAGACAGCCGCUGGUGGAGACGGGGAGAAAGGACGGUUCAAAAUGCCCGACGUCAAGAUGCCCAGCGUCAAGCUGCCCAAAGUCAAAGCGCCCCACGUGCAGGUCAGCCUGCCAAAGGGCGAGAUCUCCGUGCCCAAAGCCCAGGCCGAAAUCCCGGAGGGCGAGCUCACCCUGCACGGCCCCGACGCCGAAGGCAGCCUGGACGUGGCUGCCGGCAAAGUGGAGGGCAGCGGCAUGAAAAUACACAUGCCAAAAGUCAAGGUGCCCAGCGUGGCCUUCUCCAAGCCGACCGUCAAGGCUCCCAAAGUCGAGGCGGACGUCAGCCUGCCCAAAGUCGAGGCCAGCCUGCCAGAGGCAGAGGUCAAGGCUGGCGCCGUCGACAUCAGCAUCUCGGCGCCCGACAUCAAGCUGCCCUCCGUCGAAGGCUCCCUUGACCUCCAGGCACCCGAGGUAGACGUGAAAGUGCCCUCCGCCGAAGGCUCGCUCGACGGAGCCGAGCUGGAAGCCACGGGCCUCAAAGGGAAGUUUAAGAUGCCCAAGUUCGACAAGCCCAAAUUCGGAGUGCCGGCGCCCAAGGCGGAAGGGCCCGAAGGCGAGGUCAGCCUGCCCACCGCUGAGGUCGACCUGCCCUCUGGCACCGUGACGGUGGCAGGGGAAGGCCCUGCACUGGGCCUCAAAGCUGACGUUGCCGGUGCCAAGACCGAAGGGGCUGGCUGGAAGCUGGAAAAGCCCUCCCUCAAAAUGCCCAAAGCUGACAUCAAAGCUCCCAAGGUGGACAUCAGCCUGCCCUCCGUCGACGUCACCCUUCCGAAGGCCAGCGUCGAGCUGCAGGCGCCCGAGGCGGCGCUCGCCCUCGAAGGGGAAGCAAAAGCCCCAGAGAAGGAGGCCACGAAGGCCAAGGACGGCAAGUUCAAAAUGCCCAAGUUCGGCAUGCCUUCCUUUGGCUGGUCCAGCAGCAGAGAGGCCAAGGGCACCGUGGCCGCCGAUGUGGACGUGAGCCUCAAGGAGCCCCAAGUGACGGCGCCCUCGGGAACCGCCGACGUUGAGGUGACCCUGCCCGGGGCCGAGAUCCAAGCUCCCGGCGUUGAGGUGACCAUUGAGACAGCCGCUGGCGGAGACGGGGAGAAAGGACGGUUCAAAAUGCCCGACGUCAAGAUGCCCAGCGUCAAGCUGCCCAAAGUCAAAGCGCCCCACGUGCAGGUCAGCCUGCCAAAGGGCGAGAUCUCCGUGCCCAAAGCCCAGGCCGAAAUCCCGGAGGGCGAGCUCACCCUGCACGGCCCCGACGCCGAAGGCAGCCUGGACGUGGCUGCCGGCAAAGUGGAGGGCAGCGGCAUGAAAAUACACAUGCCAAAAGUCAAGGUGCCCAGCGUGGCCUUCUCCAAGCCGACCGUCAAGGCUCCCAAAGUCGAGGCGGACGUCAGCCUGCCCAAAGUCGAGGCCAGCCUGCCAGAGGCAGAGGUCAAGGCUGGCGCCGUCGACAUCAGCAUCUCGGCGCCCGACAUCAAGCUGCCCUCCGUCGAAGGCUCCCUUGACCUCCAGGCACCCGAGGUAGACGUGAAAGUGCCCUCCGCCGAAGGCUCGCUCGACGGAGCCGAGCUGGAAGCCACGGGCCUCAAAGGGAAGUUUAAGAUGCCCAAGUUCGACAAGCCCAAAUUCGGAGUGUCGGCGCCCAAGGCGGAAGGGCCCGAAGGCGAGGUCAGCCUGCCCACCGCUGAGGUCGACCUGCCCUCUGGCACCGUGACGGUGGCAGGGGAAGGCCCUGCACUGGGCCUCAAAGCUGACGUUGCCGGUGCCAAGACCGAAGGGGCUGGCUGGAAGCUGGAAAAGCCCUCCCUCAAAAUGCCCAAAGCUGACAUCAAAGCUCCCAAGGUGGACAUCAGCCUGCCCUCCGUCGACGUCACCCUUCCGAAGGCCAGCGUCGAGCUGCAGGCGCCCGAGGCGGCGCUCGCCCUCGAAGGGGAAGCAAAAGCCCCAGAGAAGGAGGCCACGAAGGCCAAGGACGGCAAGUUCAAAAUGCCCAAGUUCGGCAUGCCUUCCUUUGGCUGGUCCAGCAGCAGAGAGGCCAAGGGCACCGUGGCCGCCGAUGUGGACGUGAGCCUCAAGGAGCCCCAAGUGACGGCACCCUCGGGAACCGCCGACGUUGAGGUGACCCUGCCCGGGGCCGAGAUCCAAGCUCCCGGCGUUGAGGUGACCAUUGAGACAGCCGCUGGCGGAGACGGGGAGAAAGGACGGUUCAAAAUGCCCGACGUCAAGAUGCCCAGCGUCAAGCUGCCCAAAGUCAAAGCGCCCCACGUGCAGGUCAGCCUGCCAAAGGGUGAGAUCUCCGUGCCCAAAGCCCAGGCCGAAAUCCCGGAGGGCGAGCUCACCCUGCACGGCCCCGACGCCGAAGGCAGCCUGGACGUGGCUGCCGGCAAAGUGGAGGGCAGCGGCAUGAAAAUACACAUGCCAAAAGUCAAGGUGCCCAGCGUGGCCUUCUCCAAGCCGACCGUCAAGGCUCCCAAAGUCGAGGCGGACGUCAGCCUGCCCAAAGUCGAGGCCAGCCUGCCAGAGGCAGAGGUCAAGGCUGGCGCCGUCGACAUCAGCAUCUCGGCGCCCGACAUCAAGCUGCUCUCCGUGGAAGGCUCCCUUGACCUCCAGGCACCCGAGGUAGACGUGAAAGUGCCCUCCGCCGAAGGCUCGCUCGACGGAGCCGAGCUGGAAGCCACGGGCCUCAAAGGGAAGUUUAAGAUGCCCAAGUUCGACAAGCCCAAAUUCGGAGGGUCGGCGCUCAAGGCGGAAAGGCCCGAAGGCGAGGUCAGCCUGCCCACCGCUGAGGUCGACCUGCCCUCUGGCACCGUGACGGUGGCAGGGGAAGGCCCUGCACUGGGCCUCAAAGCUGACGUUGCCGGUGCCAAGACCGAAGGGGCUGGCUGGAAGCUGGAAAAGCCCUCCCUCAAAAUGCCCAAAGCUGACAUCAAAGCUCCCAAGGUGGACAUCAGCCUGCCCUCCGUCGACGUCACCCUUCCGAAGGCCAGCGUCGAGCUGCAGGCGCCCGAGGCGGCGCUCGCCCUCGAAGGGGAAGCAAAAGCCCCAGAGAAGGAGGCCACGAAGGCCAAGGACGGCAAGUUCAAAAUGCCCAAGUUCGGCAUGCCUUCCUUUGGCUGGUCCAGCAGCAGAGAGGCCAAGGGCACCGUGGCCGCCGAUGUGGACGUGAGCCUCAAGGAGCCCCAAGUGACGGCGCCCUCGGGAACCGCCGACGUUGAGGUGACCCUGCCCGGGGCCGAGAUCCAAGCUCCCGGCGUUGAGGUGACCAUUGAGACAGCCGCUGGUGGAGACGGGGAGAAAGGACGGUUCAAAAUGCCCGACGUCAAGAUGCCCAGCGUCAAGCUGCCCAAAGUCAAAGCGCCCCACGUGCAGGUCAGCCUGCCAAAGGGCGAGAUCUCCGUGCCCAAAGCCCAGGCCGAAAUCCCGGAGGGCGAGCUCACCCUGCACGGCCCCGACGCCGAAGGCAGCCUGGACGUGGCUGCCGGCAAAGUGGAGGGCAGCGGCAUGAAAAUACACAUGCCAAAAGUCAAGGUGCCCAGCGUGGCCUUCUCCAAGCCGACCGUCAAGGCUCCCAAAGUCGAGGCGGACGUCAGCCUGCCCAAAGUCGAGGCCAGCCUGCCAGAGGCAGAGGUCAAGGCUGGCGCCGUCGACAUCAGCAUCUCGGCGCCCGACAUCAAGCUGCCCUCCGUCGAAGGCUCCCUUGACCUCCAGGCACCCGAGGUAGACGUGAAAGUGCCCUCCGCCGAAGGCUCGCUCGACGGAGCCGAGCUGGAAGCCACGGGCCUCAAAGGGAAGUUUAAGAUGCCCAAGUUCGACAAGCCCAAAUUCGGAGUGUCGGCGCCCAAGGCGGAAGGGCCCGAAGGCGAGGUCAGCCUGCCCACCGCUGAGGUCGACCUGCCCUCUGGCACCGUGACGGUGGCAGGGGAAGGCCCUGCACUGGGCCUCAAAGCUGACGUUGCCGGUGCCAAGACCGAAGGGGCUGGCUGGAAGCUGGAAAAGCCCUCCCUCAAAAUGCCCAAAGCUGACAUCAAAGCUCCCAAGGUGGACAUCAGCCUGCCCUCCGUCGACGUCACCCUUCCGAAGGCCAGCGUCGAGCUGCAGGCGCCCGAGGCGGCGCUCGCCCUCGAAGGGGAAGCAAAAGCCCCAGAGAAGGAGGCCACGAAGGCCAAGGACGGCAAGUUCAAAAUGCCCAAGUUCGGCAUGCCUUCCUUUGGCUGGUCCAGCAGCAGAGAGGCCAAGGGCACCGUGGCCGCCGAUGUGGACGUGAGCCUCAAGGAGCCCCAAGUGACGGCGCCCUCGGGAACCGCCGACGUUGAGGUGACCCUGCCCGGGGCCGAGAUCCAAGCUCCCGGCGUUGAGGUGACCAUUGAGACAGCCGCUGGCGGAGACGGGGAGAAAGGACGGUUCAAAAUGCCCGACGUCAAGAUGCCCAGCGUCAAGCUGCCCAAAGUCAAAGCGCCCCACGUGCAGGUCAGCCUGCCAAAGGGCGAGAUCUCCGUGCCCAAAGCCCAGGCCGAAAUCCCGGAGGGCGAGCUCACCCUGCACGGCCCCGACGCCGAAGGCAGCCUGGACGUGGCUGCCGGCAAAGUGGAGGGCAGCGGCAUGAAAAUACACAUGCCAAAAGUCAAGGUGCCCAGCGUGGCCUUCUCCAAGCCGACCGUCAAGGCUCCCAAAGUCGAGGCGGACGUCAGCCUGCCCAAAGUCGAGGCCAGCCUGCCACAGGCAGAGGUCAAGGCUGGCGCCGUCGACAUCAGCAUCUCGGCGCCCGACAUCAAGCUGCCCUCCGUCGAAGGCUCCCUUGACCUCCAGGCACCCGAGGUAGACGUGAAAGUGCCCUCCGCCGAAGGCUCGCUCGACGGAGCCGAGCUGGAAGCCACGGGCCUCAAAGGGAAGUUUAAGAUGCCCAAGUUCGACAAGCCCAAAUUCGGAGUGUCGGCGCCCAAGGCGGAAGGGCCCGAAGGCGAGGUCAGCCUGCCCACCGCUGAGGUCGACCUGCCCUCUGGCACCGUGACGGUGGCAGGGGAAGGCCCUGCACUGGGCCUCAAAGCUGACGUUGCCGGUGCCAAGACCGAAGGGGCUGGCUGGAAGCUGGAAAAGCCCUCCCUCAAAAUGCCCAAAGCUGACAUCAAAGCUCCCAAGGUGGACAUCAGCCUGCCCUCCGUCGACGUCACCCUUCCGAAGGCCAGCGUCGAGCUGCAGGCGCCCGAGGCGGCGCUCGCCCUCGAAGGGGAAGCAAAAGCCCCAGAGAAGGAGGCCACGAAGGCCAAGGACGGCAAGUUCAAAAUGCCCAAGUUCGGCAUGCCUUCCUUUGGCUGGUCCAGCAGCAGAGAGGCCAAGGGCACCGUGGCCGCCGAUGUGGACGUGAGCCUCAAGGAGCCCCAAGUGACGGCACCCUCGGGAACCGCCGACGUUGAGGUGACCCUGCCCGGGGCCGAGAUCCAAGCUCCCGGCGUUGAGGUGACCAUUGAGACAGCCGCUGGCGGAGACGGGGAGAAAGGACGGUUCAAAAUGCCCGACGUCAAGAUGCCCAGCGUCAAGCUGCCCAAAGUCAAAGCGCCCCACGUGCAGGUCAGCCUGCCAAAGGGUGAGAUCUCCGUGCCCAAAGCCCAGGCCGAAAUCCCGGAGGGCGAGCUCACCCUGCACGGCCCCGACGCCGAAGGCAGCCUGGACGUGGCUGCCGGCAAAGUGGAGGGCAGCGGCAUGAAAAUACACAUGCCAAAAGUCAAGGUGCCCAGCGUGGCCUUCUCCAAGCCGACCGUCAAGGCUCCCAAAGUCGAGGCGGACGUCAGCCUGCCCAAAGUCGAGGCCAGCCUGCCAGAGGCAGAGGUCAAGGCUGGCGCCGUCGACAUCAGCAUCUCGGCGCCCGACAUCAAGCUGCUCUCCGUGGAAGGCUCCCUUGACCUCCAGGCACCCGAGGUAGACGUGAAAGUGCCCUCCGCCGAAGGCUCGCUCGACGGAGCCGAGCUGGAAGCCACGGGCCUCAAAGGGAAGUUUAAGAUGCCCAAGUUCGACAAGCCCAAAUUCGGAGUGUCGGCGCCCAAGGCGGAAAGGCCCGAAGGCGAGGUCAGCCUGCCCACCGCUGAGGUCGACCUGCCCUCUGGCACCGUGACGGUGGCAGGGGAAGGCCCUGCACUGGGCCUCAAAGCUGACGUUGCCGGUGCCAAGACCGAAGGGGCUGGCUGGAAGCUGGAAAAGCCCUCCCUCAAAAUGCCCAAAGCUGACAUCAAAGCUCCCAAGGUGGACAUCAGCCUGCCCUCCGUCGACGUCACCCUUCCGAAGGCCAGCGUCGAGCUGCAGGCGCCCGAGGCGGCGCUCGCCCUCGAAGGGGAAGCAAAAGCCCCAGAGAAGGAGGCCACGAAGGCCAAGGACGGCAAGUUCAAAAUGCCCAAGUUCGGCAUGCCUUCCUUUGGCUGGUCCAGCAGCAGAGAGGCCAAGGGCACCGUGGCCGCCGAUGUGGACGUGAGCCUCAAGGAGCCCCAAGUGACGGCGCCCUCGGGAACCGCCGACGUUGAGGUGACCCUGCCCGGGGCCGAGAUCCAAGCAUCUGGUAUUGAUGUUGGUCUUGGUACAUCCUCCGUGAAGGAGGAGGCUGUUGCUAAAACUAAGACUUCUUUAUUUAGAAUUCCUAAGGUUUCACUUCCUAAAAGUUCUAAGCAGCAUCUACAGAGUAAGUCUGUUAUGGAAGUUUCUGAAUCAGAAUCUAGUUGUUAUUCUGUAACAGAGGCAUCUCCUGCUGUGAUUUCUGGCAGUCUUGAUUCUAAUGUAUUUCCUGAUAUUAAGGCAGAUAAUGCUCCUAAAAGUAGUAAGUUUAGAAUUCCUAGCUUGGGUUUCUCAAAGGUUGAUAUUAGUUCUUCUAAAUUUGAGCAGGAUUCACCCUUAUCAAAGGGGGAUGUAACUCUUACUAAAUAUCAAAUGAAUAUUGAAGAAUCUGAAUCAAAAAUAUCAUCUCUUGCUGAUAUGAAUGUUUCAGUAACAGAUUUUGAAAUUUUGAAUGAAGAUGGUUCUUGGGAGGAAGGUAUUAUCAAGCCAGAAAUGAAAACAGCAACUGCUGAAAUAUGUCUUGGACACACAGAAUAUACAGUUAAAAUACCUAAAUUCCGAAAACCAAAAUUUGGAAUUUCUUGGUCUAAGGGAAAGCCAUCAGAAAGUGACAUUGUUUCCAAAGUGGAAUCUGAAAUUGGAAAGGAAAAGAUAACAUCUGAUAUGUUUGAUAUUGAUAUUGAAUAUCCAUCUCAGAUUCCUGAUGCAGAAUUAGGUGUCAAGUUACAAAAGCCUUCACCCGAAUGUGUUACGGAUGCAGCAAAGUUGGAUGUCAGUCUCCUAUCAACAGAAGAUACCUUGCCAGAAUUAGAAAUGGAAAUCCAUGGCCCAAAGUGCAAGACAGAACAGGAAUUAAUUUCAGGAGAGAAGGACACUGAGGAGAAAGAAAGCAAAUUUAAAAUGUCAAAAUUCAAACUACCUUCAUUUAGUUGGUCCCCAAAGAAAGAAGCUAUUGCUCCUUCUGAAGCUGAGGGACAUCUGGAAGAAUCCAAUGUGUCUAUUUCAUCCGGAGACACAGAAUCUAAGUUAACACUAAUUAUCCCUGAGAAUCAACACCUUCAUAUGGAAUUGGAUACAGCAACAGAAAAAGAUGGUGAAAAGGGAAAAAACAAGAAGUCCCAAUUUAUCAUGCCAAAGAUCUCACUCCCUAAAGUGAAGGGUCAAAAAGUCCAGGUCUCUCUGCCCAUACUAGAAACUGAUGUUUGUGAUCCCAAACAAGAAAAAGAUGGAGAUGUUUCAGUACAGGAAUCUGAGAAAGAGAGUAGUGGAGAAAGGGCAGAAAUGGGUGUAAAAAUGCCAAAAGUUCCAACUUUGGAAUUUUCCAAAUCAGAAGUCAAAGCUCCCAAAAUAGAAGUGGAUAUUAGCAUGUCUACAGGUGAGGUCAUACUUCCUGUAUGUGAACAAGAUGGCUUAACAUUGAAAUCAGCUGUUGAUGAUACCAGCCUCUCUACCUCAGAUACUAAGAUGAUAGCUAAAGGCUCCUUUGAGGUGAAGAGUUCUGAGACAAGUGCUGAAAGUGAAAUUGAUGUGGGGGGUGUAGAAAUAAAAGCCGAAGGUUCUGAAGGGAAAACAAAAUUGUCUAAAUUCCAAAUGCCAAAGUUUGGCAUGACACAUUCUAAACGGAAAGGGUCAGAAAAGGAGGUCAGCCAAUCCAAAUCAGAAGCCAUAGUUCCCCAACUAAAAGCAACGAUAGAAAUAUCUGAUGUUGCCAUGGAAGCACCGGAUUUGGAGGUGGAAUGUGGUGCAGGAACAGAAACAUCCAGCCCUAAAUUCAAAACAACCAAAACUGACAAUAAGGCACCAGAAGUUGAUGUUCACCUCCCAUCUGGUGACAUUUCUAUCCCAAAGACAGACAGUGAUAUUCAGGAUUCAGAUACAGCACUAAAAAUUAAAGAGGAAAUAAAGCAUGCAGAUGGGGAUGGAGAAGAGAAAGAAGGACAUUUCAAAAUGCCAAAAUUCAAACUUCCAUCCUUCAAUUGGUCCCCAAAGAAGGAAACAACUGUUAAGCCGGAUUCUGGAGCAAUUUUGGAAGAUAAUAAACUUGCUGCAAAGUCAGGCAGAAUAGACACAGAAGUGGGAGGAACUGCAACUGAUGAUCAAGGUCCUAAGACAGCCCUUGAUCUGGAAAUAUCUGCAGGAAAAGAUGAACAGAAAAGUCCAAUUAAAAAGCCUCAGUUUGUCAUGCCUAAAAUUUCACUUUCCAAGAUUAAGGUUCCCAAAUCGCAGACACACUCACCAAAAGUUGAAGCUGGUGCUACUAUUCCUAAAACACAAAAAGAUGGAGAUGAUUCAAUACAGAUACCUGAUAUAGAAAGAAGUCAUUCCAAAAGGACAGAAGAAGGGGCACAAAUCAGCAUAAAACCAGCUGCAGUUAAGAUCCCUACGUUGGAGUUUUCCGAAACAGAAAUUGGAGCCUCCCAGACUGACAAGGGAGUCAUCUCAGCAAAGACUGAUGCUGCUGUGCCUGCCUCAGAGGGGAGUUUUCAACAGGUUGUCCUAAAACCAAGUUCUGAUGAGGAUUUCAUUCAAAAAACAGGUAUUAAGUACUCCAAAGGAGAAACUGCAAUUGAACUGAGGAGCCCUGAAACAGCAACUGAAGGAUCAUUAGUUAUGGAUGAAAGAAAGAUGAAAGUGGAAGAUCCUGAUGGGAAGAUUAAAAUGCCCAAAUUCCAGAAGCCAAAGUUUGGUAUCUCCCUAACAAAAGGGAAAGGCCCAGAGUCAGAGAUCAGCUCUCCAAAAAUAGAAGCUGAGCUACCCCAGCUAAAAAUGACAACAGAAAUUGCUGACAUUGCUGUGGGAGUGCCAGCAUCAGAAUUUACAUCUGAUACACCAGAUCUUGGAUUAGGGAUUUAUGCUUGUAAAGCAAAAACACCUCAAGUUCUGACAGCUGGCAUUGAAGCUCCAAAGGUAGACAUAAGCCCCAAGUCAGUGUCUAAACCAAUGACAGAGGAAGAUACUGAGAGCCCUGAGGAGAAAGAAGUCAAAUUAAAAGAACAUGAAAUUAAAGCUGAAGAAGCUCAGACUGAAGAACAACAGGGAUGGUUUAAAAUGCCAAAAUUCAGAAUACCUGCAUUUGGCCGGACAUCCUUAAAGGAAAAAAAAGGUGAUGCUGAUGUUGAAAGAAGUCUGGAAAAAACUCAGGCAGGCAUUCCCUCUGCCAAAGUACAUACUGAAACAACUAUUCCUGAAGAUACCUUCUCAUUACCACAUGCGGUUGCUGAAAUUACUAUUGGAAAAGAAGGGAUUCAAAAAUCAGGAGAAUCUGUGAAGGGUUCUGGUGUUAGCUUGCCAAAGAUGGAAGGAGAUAUUUCAUUAUCUGCAGAAAGAACAGAUAGUAGAGUGAAUAUUCCAAAAACUGAAACAUAUGCAGACAUAGUUAAGCGUGGUGCUGAAGGACAAAAAAUGCACACUUCAGAAUUCAUAGUGUCUUCAACAGAAUUAUCUAAACCAGAAAUAAGUGCUUCAAAAAUUGACAGAGACAGCAGUUCACCAACUAAGCUCCCUAUAUGUACUCUGUCUCUUCAAGAGCAUAAAGUCAAAUCACAGGAUACAGAGAUCCCAAAGGUUGAAAGUACCACUGAACUAGAGGCUUCAAGUGCAGAAUUUAAAACAUCAUCAGCUGAAAUUGCUCUGGACGGAACACAGGACAGAGCAGACGUUAGUCUUUCAAAGGGAGAGAUAGACAUUCAAAAUCAAGGGGCAGUGAUUAAUACAGGAAAGAUAAAGACAGGUGAGAUGAAAAUUAUAGGAAAAGACAGUGAGUUAAAAUGGCCCAUGUGUGAAUGGUCUACAGCAAAUGUUGUCGCUAAGCUGGAAGAUAUAAAGGUAGAAGUUCCAGGUGUGAAAAUGGAUGUUAAAAUUGCCAGAGUAGAUCCUGAAAUGAAAUUUCAAGUGAAAAAAAGUGUUGAAAAGGACAUGUCUGCAAAUGUGGAAGAGCAAGUAGAAGACAGAGCAGAAACAAGUAAAAUUAAAGCAUACAAGUUUAAGAUUCCAAAGUUUGGAAUGUUGCACUCAGAAGUAAAGGGUUUAGAAGAUGAUAUCAAUUUGCCAACGUCAGAAGCUAUUUCAGUGUCUGAAACUGAAAUAGGCACAGCAGAAAUGCAGUUUCAAAAAUUGGAAGGAUCCAUUGGCCUGACAAGUCCAACUGAAGAUUAUAUGGACUCAUCCGCUAGAAUAACAGAGGAAACAAUGGACAAAUCACAAGAUGGUCCGGAAGUAAAUAUAAAAAUUCCCAAGCUAAAAAUACCGAGAUUCACUUUCAAAGCUCUCCCAACUGAAGCUGAUGUUUCAGUGUCAAAAGUAGUACUGGAUCAAAAAAGAACUAUUUCUGACAUUGAAGUGGUGCAUCUGCAAACAAGUUCUGCUGUCCCUGAAGAAACACCAGAGAUUCUAGAGGGCAAUAUUCAAAAAGCAAAAAGCAAAAUUCUAACUCUGACCGAACCUGACAUUAAAACAGCACAGAUGACUGCUACCAUAGAUUCCUCCCUUCCAAAUGUGGGGCAAGACAUUCAUUGGUCAUACGUAGAAGGCCAAGAAGUGAGUGAGAUAGUAGAACCUGAACAUGUUGCUAUUGAAAGGUGUGAAAUUUACACUACUGAGAUAGUGAAAGAAUCAGAGAUUCUUUCAUCUGAAGUUAAAACUGCUACUUUGGGAUUUUCAUUGCUCAAGGUGAAGUUGCCUGAAUCACAUAGUGACUUAGAAGUGCUAGUCCAGCAGCCAUCUUCAGUGGAGGAUGCAUCAAUGAAAUGUUCUGGUGAAAGCUUUGGAGCAGAUGUACAGAGGCCUGGCAGUCUUGAGAUUAAACCAUGUGAUAAACCUCACAGUGAGACUGAAGAAUCUAGUAGAGUGGUAGGUUUGCCAAAGUUAAAAACAUUUACCGUUGAAGUAAAGCCCUCUGGUAAACCUGAGGAGAGUCAUCCUGAUAAGUCACCAGAGGAAAUAACUGCAGCUCCUCUCUCUAAAGAUGAGGAUGUAGCUGAAGCACUAGAAGAUGAGGAAAAAUACAUAACUAACGAAAAAGAAAAGACUGAUAGUAAAAGAUCUCCUGGAAGAUUCAAAUUUUGGCUUCCAAGUAUUGGCUUUUCAUCUUCUGGUGAUGAAACAAGCUCAGAUUCAAAAACAGAAGUAAAAAAAAUAGAAGAAAUGAAACCAGAAGAUAUGAAACCAGGUGACACAUCAGUUAGUGAUUCUUCUAAGCAAACAGAAAAAACUGGAUGGUUUAGAUUUCCCAAGCUUGGUUUCUCGUCUCCUUCCAAAAAAGCUAAGACUGUUGACAAAGAAGAGAUAGGUCAUAAAGAGAGAAGAAUCUCAGAUGAAGAUAGCCCAUCAGAUAAACCUGAAGUAUUUUUUGAUGCACAAGAAACCUUAUCACCUAAAGAAGCAACAGAGGGUGAAAAAGUUGAAAUUGAUGGGACCUCAUCUAAUGUUCCAGUUUCUCGAACUAUCGUUACAUCUUCAGCAAGGACUGAACUAAUCUUGUUGGAGGAAGAAAAAGAUAGUCAAUCUAAUAUUUCUGGAGAUACAACCAAAUGAAGAUUGUCUUCUCUCAACACCCUCAGUGAAAAUAAAAUAAUCUACACAGAAAUCAAAAAAAAGAGAGAGAAAAAGAGAAAAAAUGUUUUCCUGAUUUUCCAGUAGUCAAAAAUUGAACAAAACUCAAAGUUGAUAUUUAUGAAAACUGUUGACUGAACAGGAUUUACCACAUCUAAAUUUUCAUACACAUGAAUGUGCUGUACUGUGCAGUAAUAAAAAUACUAUUUUAUCCAAAUCUGCCCCAAAGGCAACAACUACUACAGAUACAGGGAAGUUCAUAGUUUUAAUAAAGUCUGAGGAGAUACCUGAACCAUGAAAGUAAACUAUUGAAAAGACUCAAUGACAACAUAAGAACUUGUUAAAUAUGCUUCUCAAAACAAUGCCAGUUAUGAUUAGAUUAUAGAUUAUUUGCAAACAGAGUAUAAACUAGUACUAUGAGAAUUAUACUUACCUGUUUAGAUUUUGGACAUUUCUGACCUAUUUUUGCUUUCUUACUAAACUAUCUUUCUUUAUUUCAGCUAAGGUAAUGCAUAUAUUCCACAGUCAUUUAAAAAUGCAAAAUGAAAACAAAAUACUAGUGUAGAGAGACUAAGUCUUUACCCCUUCCUCUCUUCUCAUUUUUUGGUUACUGUGGUGGGUCAUAUUUAGCCAUAAAAGGUCAAAAAUAAAUCAAUAAAUUCAAGACCAAAAAAAUUAAUUCACAUUUUUAAGGUACCAAAAUAAAACAUGGUGGUAAAGAAUAAUUAUAAAAAUUUGGAUAAAUAAAUUUUUAUGUGUAUAUUUACUGGAUAGAUAAAUGCACAGAAUGAUCUGCCACAUUUUGGUGGAAUUGCUUCAAAGAUUUUCUGGGAAAGGAGAUGUAUAUAAUUAUUUACCUCUUUGUUUAUAUUAAUGCUUCUCUCAAGUGCACAGCCAAAACCAGAGUGCAUAUGUGACAGCCUUCAUAUGUAUCAUUAAAACACUGUCUGUAUUCUUAAUUCACAAUAAACUCACCAUAUGAAAAAUAAAACAAGUAACA